AUGUCGGAAUUCUGUCGGAGUGCAGUAAGAGUGCAGUCGGAUGCGGUACGAGACUUCGAAUUCGACGAGGGCAGGAAGAAAGGCGAGAAGUCGGCAGUAUGGUUGUAUAAAUAUCAAAGAAUCAGCCCUGGAAAGGAAAAGUUGUGCAAAGACUUAGACGACAAGGAUCUGCCCAAUAGGCUUCCAGGCAUGACUGUGUUUACUGACGAACGAAGCAGACCGAGAAUCGCCGUAUCGUGAUAUGAGAUCCAUCUUGAAUAGAACGUUGACAUGAAGGUAUUUCGAAGUGCGGCAUCG